AUGGGCGGGCGCGGCGGCGCGAGUCUGAGCUCGCAGAUGGGCCACCAGCACCACCAGCGCCAGACGAUGGCGGAGGGCGACGCCUCGCCGGGGGACGGCGCGCACGCGGGGCACCGCCACAAGCCGAGCGGGGGCAUCUGCGCGGGGUGCGGCGGGGGGUUCCUGAUGAACAUCCUCGGGUUCGACCGCUUCACGAAGGGCAAGGCCGCGGACGGGCUCGCGCGCGCGGGGACGGCGCCGAACCCGUUCGACCUGGGCGUCGUCGGGAACUGCAAGGACUUUUGGACGACGGGCCGCGAGCUGGGCGUCGAGUACGACAGGCUGUACGACGUGCCCCUCGAGGGGUUCACCGAGGCGAAGCGGCGGCGGCACCGGGAGGAGGCGGACGACGGGCACGGCGAGGGCGGGCGCAAGUCGCUGCGCAAGAGCCUGCUCAUGGGCUUUGGCCUCGGCAGGGGCGGGAGCAGCCGUUCGGGCUACGAGCCGCUCAGCCAGGUGUGA